AUGGCGGAAUGUGGGAGGAAUGCGCUGUCAGUUCUGGAGGCGGCCCGCUCCCGCUACGAGAGCUUGCAGAUCUCAGAUGAUGUUUUUGGGGAAUCGGGAGAUGACAGCAGCGACAAUCCCUUUUACAGCACUUCGGGUGACUCGAAUUCAGAUAACUGCUGCUUGGAGGCUGGCGAUGAGCAAAGGGCAGGUGAAAUUGGGAAUAGUCAAAGCGGGGGUCCACCCGGCUCGGUCUCAAAGACUCAAGCAGAGGAGGAUGGAUGGAGCGACACACUGCAAGAUAUCACGGUGCCCUCCUACAACGACACAUAUGGUCCUACCCAGAGGAUGCCAGCCACAGCCACCUGCAUGGACUUCUUCCAGCUCUUUGUGCCCGACAACGCCAUACAGAACAUGGUAUCGCAGACCAACAUGUACGCCAAGAAGUACCAGGAGCGAUUUGGCAGCGACGAGGGCUGGCGGAACGUGACGCCAGCCGAGAUGAGGGCCUUCCUGGGCUUUGUAACCUCCACCAGUGUUCACCGCUGCGAAUCGGUGCUCAGCAUCUGGAGCGGCGGCUUCUUCAGCAACCGCAGCAUUGCGCUCAAGAUGAGUCAGGCACGCUUCGAAAAGAUCCUCAAGUACUUCCACAUCGUAGCCUUCCGCUCCAGCCACGGCAGCCAGGGCCUCUAUAAGAUUCAGCCCUUCCUGGACUCACUGCAGCAGUCAUUUGGCUACAACACCUUCCGACCUUCGCAGACUCAGGUGCUCCAUGAGCCACUCAUCGACGAGGACCCUGUGUUCAUCACCACUUGCACAGAGAGGGAGCUGAGGAAGAGGAAGAAGAGAAAGUUCAGUCUGUGGGUCCGCCAGUGUACCUCCACUGGCUUCAUUUGUCAGAUCUAUGUGCAUCUGAAGGAGGGCCAAGGUUCUGACGGGUUGGCUACCCUGAAGAACAAGCCUCAGCUCCACAGCACGGUGGCCAAACAGCUGUGUCAGAACCUCUCGGGUCGAAACACCAUCAUCUUCACCGGGCCUAGCAUCACAAGUCUCAACCUGUUCCAGGAGUUUGAGAAACAGGAGAUCUACUGCUGUGGGCUGCUGAGCACCAGGAAGAGCGACUGCACCGGCCUUCCCCAGUCCAUGCUGGUGAACCCCGAGAGUCCCCAGCAGAGAGGCCAGUCCUGCGCUAUGAUGAAAGGCAACACCUCUCUCAUCAGCUGGUAUAACAAGGGUCACUUCCGUUUCCUCACCAACGCCUACUCACCCACCAAGGAAGGGGUGAUCAUCAAGAGGAAAAGUGGAGAGAUUCCCUGUCCGCUGGCCGUGGAGGCCUUCGCCGCACACCUCAGCUACAUCUGCAAGUACGACGACAAGUACAGCAAGUAUUUCAUCUUUCACAAGCCCAACAAGACGUGGCAGCAGGUGUUCUGGCUGACCAUCAGCAUAGCCAUCAACAACGCCUAUAUCCUGUACAAGAUGUCCGACGCCUACCAUGUCAAGCGGUACAGCCGAGCUCAGUUCGGGGAGAGACUGGUGAAGGAGCUGCUGGACUUGGACGACUGCUCCCCCAGCCAGUGAAACGACCGCGUUGUCUUUGUAAAACCUGCCCAUUCCUGUGCAUUCACACACAUGUACACCGCCACACGGGCACCCAUUGUUUAUCUGAAGCGCGGACAUACACCACCCACACACUAACACGUUUGUUCUUUACAAUCACGGAGACCAUAUUUUAGAAGUGCCAAGUCAGGGGUUAAGUGGGUCGAGUGACAACACCUCCUUGUCUGGGGCAGGUCUCCGGGUCUGAGUCGGGAAUACAAGAGGAAUGUCUAAAGGUUCACGUUUCACGAGUGCACACGCCGCCGCGUUGUUAGUGUCACAGACUGCAUGAUCGAAAAGCAUUUGGAUAAUGUUCUCUUGUUUGUGGAACAUAAAAAAAAAAAGUACACUCUGAUCGGGUUUUAACGUUGUUUUGUGAGCUCAGGAUCCAGCCCUUCCAUUUUGUUUAAGUCAAAUACAAAGGAGUGGACCCGGUUACUAGAUUUCAUUACCAUCUAAUCCCAGAGUGCUUGGGAUCCUGCUGAUGGUUCAGGUUACAUAAUGGGAAAUCAUCUGCAUGCCAGGAUAAUACUUACUGUAUUCAAGCACUUCAGUACACUUAAGUAAGUAGUAAGCGUUAUCCUACAGGCAGUGCCGGCUCUAGCCAUUUGGGGGCCCUAAGCAAAAUUUCCUUUGGGGCCCUCUCUCCCCAUAUCAGUCAGAGGCCCCCUAGCGUUCGGGGCCCUAAGCGACCGCUUAUAUCGCUUACGCCAGGAGCCGACCAUGCCUAUAGGAACAAAUGCAACUGGUCAUCCAAUCUUACGGCUUGCAGUCCCUGUAAUCAGUCUGUCCGGUUGAUUUGGAAUAUUUUUUGAAAUAUUGUGGUCAGGCCAUCAGGCAACAAAGGGAAGGGCGCUUAGUAGGAGACCUUCGCAGGACUGAUACCGUAUGAUAAACAGUAUCCGUUCCUAAUGCUACUCUGCCGUCUUCAUGUGGUACACUGUACCUUCGAAUCAUCUAACGCUGCAGUGGUCAGUCCAGUUUACCACGAAAUGUACACUGAACCAUCCACAGCUCAAUCCUGACUCACUCAGACCGAGCUCACAGACACAGACAUGGACUGGAAUGUCUGCCAAAUGAUACCUCUGGCUUCGCUGGGGAACAAAGGGCCGUAUCAUCAGGCGAGGCACUAUGUACUUCAGUCACGUCUGCCGCACUUUUCAAGGAAGCGAGUCGGAUGUUGAUCUGUACGGUAAGGUGUGUGAGUUGGGUUUGAGUUGAACAUUAAAUGCCGUCAGCCAAUGACUAUCUCAGUCCAAUGAUGUCACCGGAAAACACACGGAGAAGAAAACACCAGGCUCACAGAAGUUUGUCAACGUUUUUUUCUUCCAAAUGUGCUUCGGCGAAUGGAUCCUCCUGUAACCGUAAUUACUUUGUGAGGGUGCUGUCUUGCCUCUUGCCUGGGGACAGAAUAGUUCCUCACUGUGCUGUAUGUUGAGCUGUUUAAGUUAGUGAAGUGAAUGUCACCGUGGAUUUACCAUGUCUUUUCUGCCAGUAGAGAAUGUAACGUCAAUGUAAAAAUUAAAUCAGAGCUUUGAGAAAAACAAAACAAAAAAAGUGUUCAAUUGUGUGCAAGUCCACACAGAAAAGGCCCCAUUUAUCCCAGUGGUCCGAUGACACAUUCGUGCUUGUCUACUCCUUGUCACUGUGACUGUUUUAUUGAUGUGUAAAGUGUUUGUGAGAUUUGUACUACUGAAGCAGAGUUGUCCUAGCUAGAGCACUGCUCAUGCACUUUCCCCUCCAUGGUCUCGCACUUUGAAGUGAUUCAAUAACUGUCUAUUGAUACGUUUACUAAACAUCCCUAGCUUUGAUUAAUCCCUGUUAUUAAUGGUGGUACUAAAUGCUUCCUCGGAGAAACAAAUCAGUUGAAUGAAACACGUUAAUACGCAAUAACUAUUGUGCGCAUCCAUAUUUAGUGGCAAAAUAGGGAAGACAUAGUCCUGUUUAUUUGGUGGUGCCAAAGUUUCCUACAUAAUGACAGGACAGCUCAACCAUUUUAUAAAGCAGGAUUUUUUUUUUUACAAAAGGGAUAAUUAGUGUACACUGUGUGGUGACUUGCCACAACCAAGUGAUAAAAUAUUCAUGCAGCAAUGAUUUUAAGGGGAUAUUGUUGAUGAACUAGUACAUUUUAAGAUGAUGAAUACUAAAAGCAAAUGAAAACUAUGUUAUAAAAACUAUGAAUACAUACCAAAAUAUAUAAUAUUUGCAUAGGCUAAUGAGGUGGUCAUUUGUUUUGUGUGUGUACUUAUUAGAAGGUAUAUACAGUACGAUUGUAGUGUUAUCAGAUAAUUCACUUUUAGGUAAGACACAUGAUUGUGAUAUUUCACUUUUUUUUCUCCAUAAACAACAUGGAUCCUUCUUGUGAAUGUUUGUGUGAUCUACUGAUUCUGUGCACUGAUCUCUGUCUGAAAGAUUUUCUGACACGCCAUACGUUUGUUGAUGAUUCUUAUAUUAAUGCUCUUUUGUUCUGAAAUGUUACUUAAAGGCACCAAGGAGUGCGCAUGAUAGAGUCAACAACUGUUCAAAUUAAACACUUAAAAAUUUAAAAUGUAAUCUCUGUCGUGUAUCAUGAUUAGUCAUCAAGUGCCUUGAUGACUCAAAUGUGCUUUCAAAUAUCUACUGUAACUAAGCAACAUCUAUUAGGAUAUAUUUAAUUAUGUUAGUACCACCAUAGCAAGGCAUUAUCUGUGAUUUAUUAACCAAUUCUAGUCGGGUUGUUAAUUUGCAGACCUACACAUUUCUGUAUGAAAGGUUUUGGGCAAUGUUUUAAAGAGAUGUUUUAAAAUCUCAGGUUUAUAGGAAUGAUCAUAUUUACAAUAUACAAAGAGGUCAAAUAAUGAUUAGAGUUUUAUUUUGUUUUGUUUCUCAGCCAUGUAUUAGGUAUUGUCUUAGUGCCUUUAUCUGUAACAUCUCCUUAAAUUUAUUGUUUCAUGUCAAGGAGAGAGCAAUAUAGACAAAACCACCAAAAUGGAUUUGCUUCAAGUGGACACUAGAUGUUUACUGCUGAGAAUAUCUAAAAAAAAAAUUAUAAUUUAUUUAAGACUAGAUUGUAAAUGAGUGUUAAAUGAGUGUUUACUAAAUCAAUAUGUAUGUGUUUGUGUUUAAAAACUGGAUCUUCAUUUCUUACAACAGGAUUAGACAAUUUGGUUUAUUCUACAGUACUUGAGAUUUUAAAUGUAUUGUUAUUUUAAAGAAGCCCGAAAGACUACAUACACAAACCAUAUCAAUAGGUUAACCAAGCUAAGCCAUAGCCGAGGCUAGAUCCUAUAAUUUUCUCAAUAAUAAUUUGUCAUUCUCCAAGUCUUUCCCUGUCUGACAGUAGCGCUAGAGUCCAGUGCACCCGCCUCCACCUCUGAACUAGGCUCUUAGCUCUUAAAUGGACUUGCUGCAUGCAAAUAAGAUCAUUACCAUACACUUUGCCUCUGCCUGUCUAGUCAGGCCCAUUAAGUCCUUAGCUAGUAAACAAAAACAUCUAUUGUGAAGUGCGUUCAUUUUAUACCGUCUCCCUUCUGCAUUAGUAGAUCGACAUUACUGAAAUAAACAUGUUAAUAUGACAGUAGGUAGCACGGAUUCCACAUCAGUGUACUAAUGUAAUUCCCACCCAGAAAAGCAAUGGGAUGUUGAAAUGUUAUUGGGGAGUGAAGUGUAAUGGAUGUUACGGCGUUCAGUCAACUGCUAAUCUUUUGUGACACGUGACCUUGUCUCUGUUGGCUCAUUUACAUAUUCAGGCCCAUCACAAAAUACAACACUGCCCCUUUAGCCAAAACAUUUCAGACCGUUUAUUCACGCUGGUAUUUCUGGGGUUAAAAGAUGACUUCUUCCAGGUGUAAUGUUACAUUUGAAAACUUAACACGUCCUGUAUGUACGAGAAUUAAAAAGUAAUGAACAGGAGAUUUGCUUUGCUGACUUCGGGGCAUCAUUGCUUGCUAUAACAAGGUUAACUAAAAAAUAAAAUAGGUGCUAUCAAAACACUGUACAGAAUAAAGAUUAAUAUUGAAGUAGUUAAACAUUUCAUCUGUCGUUACCGGUCAGUAAAAAUGUUGCAACAGAUAAGUUCAAUUUGAAAUUUUGUUUCAGAAUGGUGCAUUUGACAUUGUACAAGUGACAUGUACACUGGACCAAACUUCCUGAUGUAUCAGAUUCGUUCUAUAAGAACUGAAUGUCAAAACAUGUAUGUGCAAACCAUUAACUGAAAUGUGUGACUGCCCUGAGAAUGCAUUGUUGCAGGUACUGCUUCUUGUCCUGUCUGUGUCUUUCAUUGCUGGAGAAUAAGUGAUUGUUGUAUCUUACACAUCUUUGUCCUCUACUCAUUGAGUGUGUAUGUAGCCUUUUACACACCUUCCCUAUAUGAUCUCCAUGUUAACCGUGCCCCACCCUGAUGACUGACUGUGACAUGUACAACGUCUGUUUACACCAUUUUGCACCCAUCUAAUAAAUGUUCAUGAAUUUUAUACACCAAC